UUGAUGCAAACAUAGUGCUGCACUAUGCUUUUAGAUGAAGAAGAAAAGCACUCAACACGUUUUAUACCCAAGCCUCCAAGGACUCGUUGCAUUUUAUUUUUUUAUAUCCCAUCAAAUAUGCAACGAUCGAGCAACAAAAAAAUUUAUAACGUACAAAAGUGACGUUUUUUCAAACGAAACUGUGAUAAAAAUAUUUUUAUUCAUUUACUCCAAGCUAUAUUCAUAACGUGCACGUGCACGAGUCUAUAAAAAAAGUAUUUGCUCCCUUUGUUAAUACUAUUUUUUCGAAGUAAAUUCCCAAUUAGAUCUUGAAUCGUGCGCUCAAAAGCGAAGGCAAUCAGAAAAGUACUGGGCAAUGAAAACAAAAGGAAAAGCAUUCCAAAUCGAGAUGUUUCGUGUGUGUGUGUGUGUGUUUUCUUCUUUUUCACCCGAGAAUUAAACGUCAAGUAUUAUCUGUCGUUGGAAUAUUCAUACGUGUACAAGAUACCGUGAAAUAAUUUUACGUCAUCUCCUCCUCCUGUAUUUCAUCCACUUUUGAAAUUGGAAAAGAGCUCUUGUCGAGGAGAGUGCACAAGAGAAAAUACGUGCUGUCGCUGCAGCAUGAUAAAGAAAAGAGAUUGAAAAAAGACCAACGAAAAAAAAAACAACAAAAGAAAGGGAAAAAGAAAGAAUAAUAACAAUAAUAAUAAUAAUCAUCAUUUGAAACGGUAGUGGGGUAGGUUAUUGAUUUCCUCGUGGAUGCUCCGUUGAGAGGGGGUGUCACAUGACUCUAUACACACAGAGAGCAAAGUUGGCAGUAGGUAGGUGGUAUAAAUAGAAAGGGUGGUUGCACCAUUGACCCAGUGCUAGUUGGAUUAUCCCACGACCAGCACCUAGGUCGUCAACAACGUUCAACACUUUUACACCCCUACAACCGCCUUCAAAUUAUUAUUUUAUUAUGGAACGAAUCGUGAAAAUAAUAAACAAAAGGAGAAACGUAAAAACUCAUCGAAAGUGAGAGUGUUUAAAUAAACAUUUGUUCCAACAGCCAUAAGUGAACACAGUACAAUCUUCAAGACACUGCCCAUUUUUUGUCUUCGACUUUUCCCAUCGUACCAUCGGGUCACCGUUGACCAAUGCCUAAUUCAAUAAUUUAUGUAUUGUUGCCAUAAUACAUGAGAACAUGACGAAAAAAGUGACACUGAUAUAUUUUAUUUCUCAUUGAUGCUCGAAUAAUAAUUAUUAUUCAUGGUUUUGACGGUCAGCUCGUUGGAACGCUGGUGAGGAGAUCGUGAAACGGAGUCUGGAAGGUUUCAAACCUCGAUACGAGGGAAGCUAAGAAGAGGGAUCGUCGUUUCAUCUUAACCCAUUGAAAAAUUUUGUUUUUUUUCUUCAUUUUACUUAUCGCUGUGCCAUCGGAGGAUAAAGUAUCGCGUAAAUGGCUGAAAGUACAGAAGUUACCCUCGCAUCGGGGUGUAAUCCUUACAAAAUCGUCGAUUAUACAAGAGAAAAACGCAAAGGGAUAACAGCUUCGUCACUUGAGGAAUUGACCAACGUUGCACGGUGCAGACUCUCGCUCUCCGCCGAUGCCGACUUGACCAUAGUUCUCGAACAAGAUGGCACGGAAGUCGACGACGAGGAAUAUUUCGCAACCCUUGAGAAAAACACGAGUCUAAUGGUGCUGCAAGGUGAUCAGAAAUGGAACGUUCCCGGAAGUUUGAAGACCGGAUCUCGUUAUAUCGUUGUUGACAACGUUGAUAGCGCUGCCGGCGCUGCCGGCCCUGCCGGCGAAGGUUGUUGCGGUGGUAGCAGCCCGAGACGACACAGAUCUCCUAUCGAGCCUCUCGUAUCAACGUUGCACGGUGAUCCAUCUCACAUUUCGUUGCUCGGUGGUCACGAUUUGGAACUUCUCAGUGACAUGAAUCCCGAUAGUUUGGCUGAUAUCGUUCCGGACAGACUUUUCCUCGAGCAGCUAAAGGAAGCAUCGGGAAGAUUUUUGGCCGAAAAACGUCAGGCGCAGGAAUCGAUGGCAUUACUCCAGAUGUACGCAGGAGGAGGUGAGAUGGAACGAGCGUAGGCCAUGUGGGGGGUGGGCGCCCUCACAUUGGCCAACAUGUACCGCGUCCGACGUCGAAUAUUUUACAAAGGCCGUCAGCUGCAACAAACGUUGAUCCUCUUUUGGAAUUGAGCCCUUUUUAUUAUCCUGCUGAAACAACAGAGUCAACAGAAACAACAAAAACAACAAAAAAAGCUGCAUUUUUUCAUAGUCGACGAUACUCUCGUCACGUGUGGUGUGAAGCGACAAAUUCCAGUUCAUUUUAUUACGCUCCUCUUUCAAAUGGACUUAAAAGCGAAAGGAACACCGAUCCACUCACGUACAUACACAGGCACGCGUAUACGUCCUCUUAACUACAGAUAAACAAAUACACGUUUCAACGUUUUCAAUCACAAGUGUAAAGAAAGUAACGAAUACUCAAACAUAACGAGAGAAAGAGGGAGAGAAAGGAGGGUAUUGAAAUUUCUACAAACGUUUGAAAGACUACAAUGUUCUGUACGGUCACCGUAGAAAACAAAGGCCUUGAUUCGUUAUUAUAAUUCAAUCAAUCGAAUUUUUGUCUUGGGAUAUCCUUUUCCGGUUGAUACUGAUAUUUAUCGUUGAGGAUCGAAUCGAUCGAUUCAAUGAAAGCAAGUAAUACGAUUGUGAUUGAGCAAAUUUUGAGAAAAUGAUGGUCUUGAUUGUCGAUUUAUUUUGUAAAAAUUCAACGGCAUUCGAGUGUUUUUAUGACUCUCUGCAGUGAGAGAGAGAGAGAGAGAGAGAGAGAGAGAGAGAGAGAGAGAGAGAGAGAGAGAGAGAGAGAGAGAGAGAGAGGAGGGAGGGGAAGAGCUGGGCACGUGUAAAUUUUCUAAUAGAUCAUUCUUACCCCGUGUAAAACGGCGCUCUUCCAACGAGGUCUGAAAAACAUGAAUAAAAAAAAAAAACGGAGACAGAAACCAUGUGAGCUGUUUCUACCGCUUCAUAUAGCAUACACAGGAAAAUCCCUCACGGAAUCGCAUCAAUAAAUGCUCACAUGUUGGUGACAGUACAUUGUAGCAGCCGCUAUUGCUUCGUCGUAAUUUUCGUCUACCGGACAAGACCAAAGGAACACUCCACUAAAGAAAUGAAAAAUGUAAAUGCGUUGAAAAAGAGAAAGAAAAAUAAAACGAACAUAGGAUUGCAUUAUCGAGGAAGUAAUGAUAGAGAUUAUUAUAACGCUUCGAAAAAUUGUUUCGUUAUCAUGUUGCCGUAAACAGUAAUUUAGUGCCGACCGAAAAAGACGAAGAAACAGUGUUAUCUAAAUACAAGAAAUCAAUACACCAUAAAGCAAGAAAAUUAUUGAAAAAUAAUACAUACAAUGUGAAGAACAAACAGACACACACGCGCAUACCCUUAAACACGAACACUUUGUACGUAGCUGGUAUGUUAAAAGGACUAAUUUUAGUUGAACAACGUGUAAAAAUGAUUUAAGACUGAAUUUAUAGAUAAAAAAUGAUCAUAUACCCAUUUAGAUCACCAAUUCAUUGCACACAAGAAAAAAAAGAUAAUUAGCAAAGUAAUUGAAACAAGAACCCAAAGAAAUGAAAAAAGAGCUAAUCCCUUUGAUACCAAGUAAUGUUGUGCGUUUGAUAAAAAACAAACAAAAUACGAAGAAAUAUCUUCUAGAUUAAUCGAUCCAAGCGUUUCCAGGCUAUUAAUAAGAUCAACGUGCAUACAUUAUUUAUCAAUCGAUCGCCCUCUGUCUGAGAGCCCCCUUACCUCGUACCAUUACUUUUUGGUGCUCCAAUUUUUUUAUCACACGAAUUUGUCUGGCUGAGAGAUGAUGAAAAAUGCAUUGGAAGAAGGAAAACUGAACGUUGUAAUUUCUUCUCUUCAACGUUUCGAGGCUAUUCGUCCGUAAUUUAUUUGAUAUCACAUAUUGAAACGAGACUCGAACACAAAAUAAAAAAAAAACAAAAAUUAAGGAGAGGUUAAACAGUUAAAUAUGAUUCAUAGCGGAUAGCCCGGCACUCAAAAUUCAUACCCCGUGUUAUUACAAACAAAUAAAUUAUUAAGAAAUAAUACACUAAAACACAUGAACGUGGUAUACAAAAUGAGCAAAACCAGAUAAGAAUACAACGACCAGUCGAGAAAAAUAGUCAGUACGCUGAUUGAAAAUUCAAUAGGCGGAUUUGUAAUUGCCCCAAAAAAAAAACAUUACGCUACGAAUAUUACUAGUAAGGGAAACCACAUUCAC